UCAAUCCAUCUUUGGAAUAAACAUCAAUGGAUCAUGAUCUCAAAGUCUUGUUAUAUCUCCUAAUCCUACUUCAUGUUCUUUCGCCUUCGUUAGCAGCGUCACCAUACAACUGCCCGGUUUCCUUCUGUGGCUCAACUGCAUUCUCAAUCCAGUUCCCGUUUCGUGAGGUGGGUCAACAACAGGACAUGUGUGGCUAUCCGGGCUUCAACCUACGUUGCGACAAACAAGGAAAACUGCUACUCAACCUCCCGAAUUCAGGAGACUUUUCAGUCCGAGCCAUUGAUUAUCGAUCUCAAGUUAUCCAAGUUUAUGAUCCAUCUGGCUGUUCUGCUGCUAGGCGUUUGACUUUAGAUCUUUCGGGUUCACCUUUUUGGGGUACCCCAAGUAAAAACUACACUCUUUUGAGCUGCCCGGUUGAGGACGACAUGUCUAAUCACACAAGUGUUGGUUGCAUAAGCAAUUCUACACAUUCUACUUUAGCCAUUUCUUCUCAGCGUUUUGCUAUGACAAUGGCUAACCAGACCGCGUGUAGGAUCAUUGGUUCUAUAACGACCCCCAUAGCAUGGUGGCAAGACCAAGGUGGACUCACAUCUAACCUAGAUAUCGAUUUAGCUUUGACAUGGGAUGACCCUAAUUGUCGAGAGUGUGCAACCCGUGGCGGGAUUUGUGGUUACACAAAUACCACAAAGCAAGAUAUUACUUGUUUUGACAAUACCAAAAAGGGCAAUAAACAUCAUAUAAUAGGUUUGGUAAUCAUAGCCAUAGCCCUACCAGCCACAGCAGCCUCAAUUGCCUUGGUAUGUUAUAUCUGCAAGGACCGCAGGAGGGUAGCCACCUGUGUUGCAAGAAACGCAACACCCAGCACGCCAGACACCACCACCGUUUCAAAUGGAGAUACGGUCAUAGGUCUGGACCAAUCGACCAUAAAGUCCGACCAUAAAAGUGGAAUGUGCAGUCCAGGUGCAAGAGUAAUGAACUAAAUAUAAGAAAUGAAGUUUAGUCACCUUUGGACUUGAGUUUUGAUAUGGUCUUAAAACAUUGUGUUAAGUGGAAUUUGGAUUUGUAAAUGUAUUUGUAUGUUACCUACAUGUAUUUAAAUGGAUAACAUGGGUUCAAUCCACUGAGACACCUUGUUAUUCUAAUAUUUGUAUCGUGUAACAUACUAAAGUGAUAAUUCAAUCCGCAUGACAUUUUAAUUUAAGCA